GAUAGGAAAUGAAAAAAAUGUAUGGAUUUUAAACAGCAGCCAAUUCACCGCUCAAAGCCGUGAAUUCACUUCUUGAUCCGGUCAGCAAGUUCAAUUCUCCCAAUUCACCGCUCAAAGCCGUGAAGCACCUUCGCAACCCGCCCUCCAGGAUCCUUAAAUUUCUGAAUUCUGCUCAAAACCUGCUACCAAACAACCAGGGAGAAGGGAGAAGGGAGAAAUGGAGAUGGGAGGGAUUAAGCACAGGAUGCUACAUGUUAAUGGGAUUAACAUGCACAUCGCCGAAAAAGGGGAUGGUCCUGUGGUACUCUUCCUCCAUGGAUUCCCAGAGCUCUGGUACACUUGGCGGCAUCAGAUUGUGUUCCUUGCAGCCCAUGGCUACCACGCCGUCGCCCCCGAUCUCCGCGGCUACGGUGACACGGACGCCCCUUCUGAUGUCACCGCCUAUACCAUCUUCCACCUCGUCGGCGACCUAAUCGCCCUCAUCAACUCUCUUGGCCAGGAUAAGGUUUUUGUAGUUGGUCACGAUUGGGGGGCGGUCGUGGCGUGGAACCUCUGCGUUCUCAGGCCGGACAGAGUGAAAGCACUUGUUAAUCUCAGCGUUGCGUUCUCCCCUCGGAAUCCGGCUCGAAGACCGUUAGAUUCCUUGAGGGCGCUGUACGGUGAUGAUUACUAUAUGUGCAGAUUCCAGGAACCAGGAGACAUAGAAGCUGAAUUUGCUCGCUUGGGUGCAACAUUUGUUUUAAGAAAGUUCUUGACAUAUCAUGAUCCGGCACCUAUUCUUAUACCAAAGGACAGGGGAUUUGGAGGAUCCCCUAAUCAAGAAAUUAUUUUACCUUCUUGGUUAUCUGAAGAUGAUAUUAACUAUUUUGCAAGUAAAUUUAACAAGUCAGGGUUCACUGGAGGAGUUAACUAUUAUCGGAACCUGAAUCGCAACUGGGAGCUGACUUCACCCUGGACUGGAGUUCAAAUAAAAGUACCAGUAAAGUUCGUGGUUGGGGAUUUGGAUUUGGUCUACCACGUGCAUCGCGUUCAGGAGUACGUACACAAGGGUGGAUUCAAGCGAGAUGUUCCGUUCCUUCAGGAUGUUGUGGUGAUGGAAGGAGUCGGUCACUUUAUCAAUCAGGAAAGACCGAAUGAAAUAUCUCAGCACAUAUUUGAGUUCAUAAGUAAGUUUUGAUGCUUCUCACUCUUUGGCCUGCCUAAAUUUCCAUGUUUUCAACUCUUUGUUUUAAUGCACAAUUAGCGUAAUACUUAUGCUGCUAAAUAAUGCAUGCUUCAAUGAGAUAUAAAGCAUUUGUUUUCUGAUUUGGGGUUAUGAAUUUAAAUAAUUGUAUCAAGGCCAUAAUGAAGGCAGCAUGUAAAUUUAUUCCUUUUUGGGUCAACUGCACGAGUGUAGUAGACAUUGAAUGAGGGAUUUACUCUCCCUGCUUGGCAUAGUUCCACUGUAAUUUUUUUCUG